UAGAAAACGUGACGUCACAUCCAGCUGUUCUAUAGAAAACAUGACGUCACAUCCAGCUGUUCUCUAGAAAACGUGAUGUCACAUCCAGCUGUUCUAUAGAAAACAUGACGUCACAUCCAGCUGUUCUCUAGAAAACGUGACCUCACAACCAGCUGAUCUCUAAAAAACGUGACGUCGCAUCCAGCUGUUCUCUAGAAAACGUGACGUCGCAUCCAGCUGUUCUAUAGAAAACAUGGCGUCACAUCCAGCUGUUCUAUAGAAAACAUGGCGUCACAUCCAGCUGUUCUCUAGAAAACGUGACGUCGCAUCCAGCUGUUCUAUAGAAAACGUGACGUCGCAUCCAGCUGUUCUAUAGAAAACAUGACGUCACAUCCAGCUGUUCUCUAGAAAACGUGACGUCGCAUCCAGCUGUUCUAUAGAAAACGUGACGUCGCAUCCAGCUGUUCUAUAGAAAACGUGACGUCGCAUCCAGCUGUUCUCUAGAAAACGUGACGUCACAUCCAGCUGUUCUCUAGAAAACGUGACGUCACUGUGAUCAGUCCGGUAAUAACUGAUAGAAGUGGGGUUGUGUGUUUACUUCGUGUUCUGAGAGGUCCUUUAAAGAGUUUUUAAUCGUAUUUCCUAUAUGUGGAGAUGAAUCUGUUUGUUAUAAUAACAGUUGGUCUCUAGGUUUAUUACUGAGGAUCUCAGAGGAUCCAUCACAGCUUUUUAAAAAUCAGUUGAAGUACAAAUGAAGCUGCUGGCGUCACUUCCUGUCUGAGGGAGCGGAGGAUGUUCUCCCCGCUGACCUCGGAGGUCGGCCUGCUGGUUGUCUCGUUAUCAGACGGUAAAUAUCACCGUCACUCUGACGUCAGAGCUGCUCGCUCUUAAACUCCUUCAUGUCUGAGAUCUCAGUAUUCAGAGGACAGUCUGAGGAGAUCAGCGUCCAUCAGAGUCCGAGUCCUUCGGCGUCCCUCGGUGUGCCUCAGAGUCCUGCCCGGUCAGCUUCCCUCAACGUCCCUUGGCGUCCCUCAGCGUCCCGCUCGGUUCGAGUCCAUCAGCGUCCAUCAGCGUCUCUUGGCGUGCCUCAGAGUCCCUCAGCCUCCCUCAGCGUCUCUUCCCUUGACGUCCCGCCCAGUCCAAGUCCAUCGGCGCCAUGGUCAGCGGCAGGAUGCUGCUCCUCAGCGCCUCCUGCUGGCUGCUGGUGGUUUUGGGGAGCAGUGAGGAGCUGAUAGAGGAGAGAUCACCUGAAGACGACGCCAUCAAGACACGAGAGGUGGAAGAACUGAUUGAAGCUCUUCAGGAAGUUCUGGAGAAGUUAAAGAACAAACAGCUGCCGUCGUCAGAGAAGAAACUCGGCUGGCUUCCUGCUGCGAGCAGUGUGCGGUGCGUAAAGGUUCGAGGAUCGGGAAGUUGUGUGGAUGUCCCGGAGGAACCGUCUGUGACUUCACCGUCCUCAAAUGUCUGUAACAACUUCCUGUUGUUCUCUACUACAAAAUAAAGGCGGCUUUUUCAAAGCUC